AUGUUCAGGAUGCUCAACAGCGGGUUCGAGGACGACCCCUUCUUCUCUGAUUCUUUUCACGCACACCGAGAUAGUAUGCGACAGAUGAUGAGAAGUUUUUCUGAACCUUUCGGAAGAGACUUGCUUGGCGUCUCGGAUGGGAGAAGUGAUAGUAGAAGAAGAGCUCGUAAUUGUUCAGGACGCGAUGAUGGGGAACAUUUUCUGACUCAUACAGAAAUCAGCCCUUUUCAGGCAAUGGACCGAAUGAUGUUAAAUAUGCGAAACAGUAUGCAGGAAUUACAAAGAAACUUUGGUAACCUUUCACUGGAUCCAAACGGACAUUCGUUUACUUCUUCCUCGGUUAUGACUUAUUCCAAAGUCGGAGAUGAACCGCCAAGGGUUUUCCAGGCCUCAACUCAAACCCGUCAGGCUCCAGGAGGAAUAAAGGAAACUAGGAAAGCAUUGAGAGAUUCUGACAGUGGACUAGAAAAAAUGGCUGUUGGUCAUCAUCUCCAUGACAGAGCUCAUGUUAUCAAAAAAUCAAAGAACAACAAGACUGGAGACGAAGAGGUCAACCAGGAGUUCAUCAAUAUGAAUGAAAGUGAUGCUCAUGCUUUUGAUGAUGAGUGGCAAAAUGAGAUUUUAAAGUACAAACAAGGGAGACAGUGGUGCAAUCUAGAAAACACCAGGAUGCCCCGAAGUGUUGGGCAUGAGAAUUCAGGAGCCCGAGAACUUAAAAGAAGGGAGAAAUCUCAAUGCCCAGGCAUUGAACGUGGAAGAAGAUCAAAUGUUUUCGUGGACAAACUCAACAUCAAAGGAUCACCUGUGAAAAUGAGCAAAAAAUAA